GGAGUAGCUUUUUGCAAACAAAGCCUUAUUCUCGCUGGAACACUCAAACGUCGGUAACGCAGACUCCAACGAAAGCCUCGAAGAAUCGUCGGCUGAAUUUCUCAACCAUUUCACCAGUACCGGCGAGCCGGUGGUGACCUCAAAGAAAACUGGCAUCCUACACCAUGAAUGAGAAAAAGACCAUCUUGCUUAGUGGAAGAAAAAGAGAAUGGAACCCAGCAUUUUGAAGGGAAGCUAGAAAGAAACCAUGCACGAUGAACAAGCUCUUACCCAACACAUUUCAUUGUCCAUUGUCAUCUCCUCAAUCUACUUGCACCAAGUCAUUCAAUGCAAUCAUCAACCGCCUCUCCCACGAAGGUGCCUACCACCAAAUCAUACUAACUUAUUCCUCCAUGCUAAAAGCCUCUGUUCCCCCUGACACCUUUACAUAUCCUAGCCUCCUCAAAGCAUGCACUUCCCUCAACCUCUUUCAUCUCGGUCUUUCUGUCCACCAACACGUGCUCGUCAAUGGGUUCUGUGCUGAUCCUUACAUUGCAUCGUCUUUGAUAACCUUUUAUUCUAAAUAUGGGUGCACUGGUAAAGCUCGCAAUGUGUUCGAUAAAAUGCGCGAGAAGAGUAUUGUUCCGUGCACAGCAAUUAUCGGGUGUUAUGCUCGGAACGGUGAUACUAACAAUGCACUCCUCUUGUAUAGCUCUAUGCAGCAGGAUAUGAUAAAGCCCAGUGCAGUUACUGUUUUGACGUUGUUGUCUGGAGUGACACAGAGUGAUCUCGUGAGAUGUCUUCACUCUAGUAUUGUAAAAUAUGGUUUCACAUCUAACUUAGUCUUGAUGAAUUGCAUGUUAAGCCUGUACAGUAAAUGUGAAAGGGUUGACUGCGGAAGGGAAGUGUUUGAAUCCAUGCAUGAAAAGGAUGUUGUUUCCUGGAAUUCAUUGAUUUCUGGUUACAUUUUGAUGGGAAACACGAAUGAAAUACUAAGUCUUAUGCGUAGGAUGUGGUUUGAGGGUCUAGAUCCUGAUUCUCAAACAUACGGGUCGUUGGUUUCUGCAAUUUCAAAAGGGGGUAGUUUUGAAAUAGGAAGAUUGGCUCAUGGUCAGAUCAUAGCCCAUGGAUUUGAAUUAGAUGUACAUCUUGAAACAUCACUUAUAGUAAUGUAUCUUAAAUGUGGACAAUUGGAAUACGCGUUUCAUAUUUUUGAGAAAGCAAACAAUAAGGAUGCAGUUUUGUGGACAUCUGUUAUCUCAGGUCUUGUUCAAAACGAACAUCCACUAAAAGCAUUGGAAGUUUUCCGUUGGAUGCUAGAUUCAAGAACUAUACCAUCUACUAACACCUUAGCCAGUGUACUUGCUGCUUGUUCACAGUUGGGUUUAUUGAAAGUGGGAACUUCAAUACAUGGUCACAUAGUGAGGCAAAGAAUAGUGAUGGACUCUCCAGCCCAAAACUCUCUUGUCACUAUGUAUUCUAAAUGCGGCUUUUUAAAGCAAAGCCUUGCGAUUUUCAAUAUGAUAGAGAAAAAAGAUUUGGUGUCAUGGAAUGCCAUUGUUGCAGGGCAUGCUCAGAACGGAGAUUUGUCAACUGCUUUCCAUAUGUUCAAUGGAAUGAGAAUAACCCAUCAAAAACCUGACUCAAUAACCAUAGUUUCCCUUCUUCAAGCUUGUGCCUCGACGGGAGGUUUUCAGCAGGGGAAGUGGGUUCAUAACUUUGUUAUCAGGACCUGUCUUGGACCUUGUAUCAUGAUAGACACUGCUUUGGUUGAUAUGUACUGCAAGUGUGGUGAUAUGAAUACUGCCAGGAAGUGUUUUGACAAGAUGGAGGAACAUGAUUUGGUUUCUUGGAGCACAAUCAUUGCCGGUUAUGGCAGCCACGGAGAAGGAAAGAUUGCUCUGGAGUUGUACUCAAGGCUUGUGGAAAGUGGAACGGUACCAAACAGUGUCAUCUUCUUGACUAUUUUGUAUGCAUGUAGUCACAAUGGACUUGUUGAGCAAGGAAUGAACUUGUUCGAGUCCAUGAGGAAUGAUUUUGGAAUUGAGCCAGAAGUUGAACAUUGUGCUUGCGUAGUUGAUCUCCUUUGUCGAGCCGGUAGGGUUAGAGAUGCUUAUGGUUUUUAUAAAACAUGGUUCCCAAAUCCAAUGAUUGAUGUUUUAGGUAUACUGCUUGAUUCCUGUAGAGGAAAGAAGGGUUUGGUAGAUAUGGGGGAUCUUAUUGCCACAGAGAUAUCUGUGUUGGAACUUGAUGAUGCUGGGAAAUAUGUGCAACUGGCUCGUAGCUAUGCUUCGAAUACACAGUGGGAGGGGGUUGGUAAGGUGUGGCUCCAAAUGAAGAAUCUUGGCCUGAAAAAACUGCCAGGAUGGAGUUUUAUCGACUUGCAAGGAAAUAUCACAGCGUUUUUCAUGGGCCACAGUUCUCAUCCUGAACAUGAAAACAUCGUGUCUCUUUUAAACAUAUUGAGCAGGGAGAGCAGGGAGAUGGUUAUCAUGCCUGACCUUCAAUUAUGUGGCUGAUAUACUUUAACGAGAUACUGCGUCUAAAGCAAUACUCCGUAUUAUUUUCACGUCUGAGAAGGUGCUCCCGUCAAAAGCAAAAUUUAUGCACCAGUGACUGGAGGAAGAAAUUCUCAGCUGGACUAGGCCUAUCUAUGUUUGAAGCCAACAGGUGGAGUCUGAUGAAAAAAUUCUGACUGGCUAUCAUAAAUUAUACUCCCUCCGUCCCGCAAAAUUCUUCCCACUUUCCUUUUUGGACCGUCCCACAAAAUUCUUCCCACUUACCAUUUUUGGACAAUUUGUGUGGUUCACAUUCAUUUCACCUUUUUCUUACACAACCACAACCAUACAUUUCCACUUUGUUCCACUUUCUUAAUCUCCGUGCCAAGUCAAUCUGGGAAGAAUUUUGUGGGACGGAGGGAGUAAAAAUAUGCCAGCAGGUAGUCUGAAAAUAUGCCAACAUGUGGAGUCUGAUGAAAAUAUGCAUAGCUAUUGCAGGAGGUCUUCUGGGAUGAUCAUAAAUUAUUAAAAUAUGCCAGCAGGUAAAUAUCGCAUUGAACCAGCUGGGUGUGUGAGCCUUGUCCAACAUGUUACUUCAAGCUGCCCUUACCUUGAAUUCUGUGGCCUUAUGACAAUUGGAAUGCCUGAUUAUAUAUCGACACAAGAGAAUUUUAAGGUUUCUUGUCACCUGAUGUCAUCAAUUAGUUUUCUUCUCCAAAAAUGAAUGGCUUAUUAAUACAAUAUACUGCUGCUUCUUCUAGACGUUGGCAAAUUGUAGAAGUGAGGUAUGCAAGACAAUUCAAAUAGCUGAAGAGCAAUGCGAGAUGUCCAUGGGCAUGUCUGGGGAUUUUGAACUUGCAGUGAGUAAACUCUGCCUUGCACAUUAACGCUGGCAUGUUCCGUUACUUUGUUUCUGUUAGUCAAGGGGUUAUUUGCCUUCAUUUAAGGUUUGGUAAAGGUUUUUGCUCAAAAAUAAAGUUCAUGGGCAUAAAUCUCCUUUGGUGUGAACUUGGUGGGUAUUUUUGCCCCUUUUCCCUUUUCCCGCUCCAAACAGGCCCUGAACAUGUUAGUCCUUUGCUAUGUGCAUACUUUGAAGUAGUCGGUUUUUACAACUCGUCUUUCUGGCUACUGCACAUUAAAAUGGGAAGUACAAAUGUCAGAAUUGGAUCGAUGAUAUCGAGCUAUGGACUAUUCGAAGCAAUGAAUUCUUAAUGUUAUUGUCCUUUUGGUAGCCAUGUAUAAGUAGAAUAAGCUUAAUAAGGGUUGGUUUGCAACAAUUUAAAAAAAACACUACCAAUUUUUUAAUUUUCUCGACUUUCGUGUCAAA